UUCCUCGCUCUUUAAUGAGGGACAGCAACAUGCUGGAGGAAGACGUGACUGUUUUUGUUUAGUUUUAGAUUAAUCAAACAGAAUCAUAGAAGAUGGCAACAAUUACAGCUCUUUCAAACGAAUCAAAACUCAGAGCUGAUGAAGAAGAAGAUGCGCAAGCUUCAAAGAUACUGGAGAUUCUUAAUGGGAGAACUGUUGACGCCUCAAAAGUGACAGAAGAGUCUGUGGACAGAGAAGUUUGGUCAAUGGAGAUGGGAGAUGACUCGGUGUUCUACAGCGAUGAUGAGCACGCUCAGUUUGACAAGGAAUCUGCCUACUUAACUGGCUUCAGUGGCAAAAGGUGCAAAAAUCCUGUUAACAGUGUGGCAGACGGUGAAGGCAACCAACAUAAUCCAGCUGAGAAGGGAAACCUGGAGAUGAAUAAGAAAUUGAACCAGUGCAUCAUCUGGACUGAAGAGGACAAGCAGAAGCUUGAGAUAUUUACUACUAAAAGAAUGCAUGUUUCAGACCCUUGGGAAUCAUCUGCAGAGUCUUAUGUCACUCCUGGAAAGUUUGGGAAAACGUCUGGAGAGUUUGUGCAGAAAAAUAAAGCAACAAAUGCGGACCAAGUUAGAAAAGAGGAAGUGAUGACAGAAGCUGACACCUCAAAUCAACACCUGUUUGACUUACUCAACAAUGACGGAUAUAUAAAGCUGAAUGGAGAUGCAGAAUUUCCUCAAAAACUGUCUGGUGCUGACACCCAGAAAUCAACUGACAUGCAGUCUGCGGGAGAUGUGGAAGCAGAGUUCCUGCAAAACCCCAGCCAAGGUCAUUUGAACCUGCCAGGGCCAACGAAAUCUGACUGCAGCGCCUUCAACCACCUCUCCUCCUCCAAAUACAGCACCGUGUCCUACCGCAGGAUCCGCAGAGGCAACACACGACAGAGGAUAGAGGAGUUUGAGUUCUUGCUGACGAAUAAAAAAUAACCUGCCUUUCAAAUCUAUUAAGAAAAAGAUGACGGGCCAAACACAUGACUACAAGCUUACAAAUGUUCCAGCUCUGAAAUGUAUGUCAGUAGUUUCAGAAAUCUCUGAUGAUGUUCACAAUAUACUUACAUCUGUGACACUCCUAAAUCUAUUUAAUGACAUUAUGUUUGAGAAAUGCCUAACUUUGCUGUUAACUUUACAGGUAUUUAUUGUGGAUAUGUAUGUUAUACUAAUUUGGGGAUUUGAAUUAUUUAUUUGAACCAAAGAGAUGAUUGUACAACAAAAUGCAAUGAUUAAAAAAAAAUCAAAAAUCAAAAACUUAACAAGUACUGGGCAAACAAGUUUGAAUUUACUUAGGAUUUUCAGGGUCACAUUUAUAAGCAGAUGCUCAAAUAUGCAUAUGCAUGGCAUAUACAUUUCAUGUUCACAUGCUACAUGCUUUUUGUGCUACAUUCAGAAACUUGUGGGAUCAGUGUGGCAUUUUGGCAGACGUGGUAGUCAGCCUCUUUUAACCAGUUCAGAUGCGGUUAGGAUUGUCGUUCUUCUGGGACAUUAAGUUGUGUUCCAGUUUCAGCUGUGUGUUGAUUUCAUCAGGAAUUAAGGAUAUUGGAGCCACACUUCUUCAUUAUUCAUCAACGUUUUAUACAAACAAGCUUAUGAUAUGAUACUGCCAACAUCAUACUAGCCAGUGAAUGGAUUAGUAUCGGCUGAAAGUCUCACCUCGACUCCUCCAAACCUACCUUUGUGGAAAAAUUACUCAAUUUUUGAUCAUGAAACUAUUCUCCAGAAGGUGUUUGGGGCUGAUUUUGGAGCCAACGGUUCUCUCUUUCACCACCUCAGACCAUUCUAUUGUUAAACUGGCUUUACUCUGGACAAUUAAGUUGUAAGUUUGAGCCAUGGUGGCUCGUGAAUAUCCAAGCCAACUUUCUUUCACUAGAGGAAGCAGUUCAGGUAAGCUAGUUAAAAUCUGGAUGUAGAUGUGUAUCCCACAAAAACAAAAAUCUUAAGCAGUUUUAGCUUCUGCAAUGGCCUUGUAGAAAGUUAUGAGCUGGGCUUACAAGCUAAAGGAAGUCAAACAACCAGUUCAAAUAUUUGAGUUAAGUAUCCGGGUAGAAUGACAAUUACAUUACAGUUGUCUUACUAAGACUUGAAUAACACGUCAUAAUAAAACUUAAGGUUUUAAUUUUUAGAUUUUGUAAGUAUAUAGAAUGAAAGUAAAAUAUGAAUUGGAAGUUUUUUAAAGUACAGCUUCAAUAACGUACAAGAGUUGCAUUGUGACAUUUUUAGGAGUAAAAUCUGUUCUAGCCAUCAUCAUGGCUAAAGACUAAACAGAAUAAAGAACUCU